GGCAUCUUCGGCGGCGGACCAAACUUCGUCUGUUCCAGCACCCUCCCGUCCUCCAACACGAUCUUCUCCGUCCCCGCGCUCACAAACAGAAUCCUGCACGUCUGGUCCUCCGCCCGAUUGAUCCACGCGUGGUUCGCGCCGCGCUGGACGACGAACUCCUCCCCGCCGCACCACGCGCUCCUCGCCGCCGUCCAGCAUCCUGCGAGUAUUUAUGUGCACCCAAACCAAUGCCUGGAUGCAUCGCGUCCACAUGAGCAUUAAGACCGGGCUGCUUCGGUAUGAAAGCCUCUGCACGAAAACUGGUCAGACCCACGUCUCGGUGGUUUUGCGGGGAGGGGAGGGAAACUGGGAAGAUACUCGCUCAGUUACUAAGACUGGAUCUUGGUCAUCAGUGCUGGAUGCUGUGCAGAUCAGCGUUGCUAUUGACGGAUCGCAGUUCAUUUCGGGGAUAAGAUCAGCUCAAGUGCCAUAAUUGAACUGCUCAGUAGAACGCCGACCGGAAGUUUCGUGUGCAAAACCCGGGAGUAGUAGGUAGCUCAGGCGAGGAGGCAUGUAGUGAAAAUACUCUCCGAUUCAAUUUCCUCAUCCAGA